AUGCCGCAAAAACCCAUCCGUCUGCCGCCUCUCGAGGUUCUGCGCGUCAAAAACCCCAAGCGCAAUCCCAAGAACCCCUGCACCAUUGUCAUGUCCAGUGUUCUCGCUUGCUGGGCCUCGGCCGGAUACAAUGCCGCCGGAUGCGCCGCCAUCGAGACACAGCUACGCCAGUGCAUGGACGGCCCCAAGCCGCCGCCCGCGCCGCCCAACACCAUCAACCACCACAUGGGCCGCCUGGGCAAGUACAUUACCUACGACGGAAAGCCGACGUAA